AUGAGCUGUGCUAAUCUCACUUGUCGACUUGAUAUUUCUCGACUGAUUCUAGUGAGUCUAUUGUGCUGCGUGAUUGGCGCUUGUGGACCACCGUGGAAAAUCACGGGAUGUGCCCAAAUGCAACUAAUGAACAUUUCUGGUCAGCCGGUAUAUGCAGAACCGCGUUGUUUUCUGAUCCUAUCGUACGAUGCAGCACUCACCGUCGUGAAGUUGUACACUAGAGAUUCACCAGGAUUCACCUGUUUAUCUAAUUAUACCUGUCUGCCGCUGACGCCUAAAAUUCUCAAUUAUAGUGGGAACUGGACAAAUACUGGUUUGACCGUGGUGUAUGGAUGUUGUAGUGAGUUUUUUCCUAUAUUAUCGUUGUGA